CCCGCUGCAAUAAAGGCAGCAGCGGACCAUGGGGAGCAGGGGGGAAACUUUUUAUACUGACAUGUUAGCACUAUGACUUUUGACUAAGACUUAACUGGGGCCAGGCUCCGGGCGUGAGGAGCGUACAAGGGCUCUUUUUUUCGGGAUCAAAAAGGAGGACUCGACUUCUCGCCCCGAGGGGGAAAAAAAAAAAUCACCAAGAAACGAGUUCCAUUGAAAGUAUAAGCGGCGGCAAGUCGAGUUCAGCCCUUUGGAUUGAAGAUGAGCUUAUUGUCUGCCAUAGACACGAGUGCCUCCGUGUACCAGCCUGCGCAACUCCUCAACUGGGUCUAUCUCUCCUUGCAAGACCCCCACCACCAGACCAGCGCCUUUGACGCCUUCAGACCCGAACCCAACUCUUCCCACCCGGAUCUCAACUUCAGCAAGAGUCCUGCCUCGGCCGAAUUGAGCUCUUCCCUCAACUCCAACUAUCUCAACAACUUCUUUCAGCUGCAGCGCAAUGAGGCCUUAAACAACAAUGUGUAUAAGAAUGUAUCACCUUAUGGCUCCCUGAACAACAUCGUGGAUGGACUCAACUCGCUGACGGACCACUUCUCCGACCUUUCCUUGUCAUCAGAGCCAAGAAAGCCCAACAAGAGACCGCCGCCAAAUUAUUUGUGCCACCUGUGCUUCAACAAGGGUCAUUACAUCAAAGACUGCCCUCAGGCCCGGCCCAAAGGAGAAGGCCUGACCCCCUACCAGGGAAAGAAGAGAUGCUUUGGCGAGUACAAAUGUCCAAAAUGUAAGAGGAAGUGGAUGAGCGGCAACUCGUGGGCCAACAUGGGACAAGAAUGUAUCAAGUGCCACAUUAACGUCUAUCCACACAAGCAGCGUCCGUUGGAGAAGCCGGACGGCCUGGACGUGUCCGACCAGAGCAAAGAGCACCCACAACACCUGUGUGAGAAAUGUAAAGUCCUGGGUUACUACUGCCGCCGUGUGCAAUAAACCUCUCCAGUCGCUGUGGUCCGAGAGCCAAGAACUUUACAAGUCACCCUCAACUCCGUCGACCCUUGAAUCUUGCCGCAGCCGUGAUUCUAGUGACGGUGUAAAAGAUAACAUUCAGGAAAAAAACAGAAGAAUACAUUCGUGUAGGCUCAGCUUCUCAUGCAGGAAAGCCCACUCCAGCAUUUUCUCAUUCGGCUCAUGUUACAGUCAUAGAUUACCUCACUUUGGGGUUUGUCACCUUUGUGUUUACAGAAAUCCGCCUUACAUUUCCCUGACAAGUGAAGUGUGUCCGUGCAUUGUAUAUAUACGCGCCAUUGCCACAUUUACGGUCAACAGCACAUCUUUAUUAACUGUGAAUUAACUGAGGGAUAAUGUGCCAUACAUCCCAAGCUUACAAGUGGCCUAUUUAUUUUCUUAUUGUCUAGUGUGCAAUUUGACUUUGAACUGGGACAGGAAAAAAUGUUUUUUUUUUUUUUUUUAAUGUUUGUUUUCUGCACUGUUGUGUAACUGCUUCCACAUGUCUUUAGAAACUACUGUAGGCUUAGUAUCGCUCCAUGUUGUCAAGUGACCAUCCAUGCAGUUUUUGGUAUAAAACGUUUAUUUAAAAAAAAAAAAAAUGUUUACAAAAAGAACUGCUCACCAUGCAUAGACUGAAUAUAUUUGUUGUUGUUUGAAGGAGGUUUUAGUGCCAAUUUAGUGCUUGUGGUAUAAAAAGUACAGAGCGGGGAGAAUGAAGGUUGGCAGGAAAGCAGCCAUUUAAAGGCUGAUAAAGUACAAAAAAAAAAGAAGAAAUUCAGGGCGGAGCGAUAGGGUCAUUGUGAUACAACGGAAUGUUAGGGCCACUCUGAAAAGACCCCAAAAAAAUAAAAAAUACGAGGGGAAAAUAAGGUAAAAUUACAAGGAAAAAAAGUAGCAACAUUACAAAAAGAAAUGUCACUCAAGGCUAAAGUGAAAAUAUUACAAUUUUGAUUAGACUUAAAGCUUUGUGAUUUGAGACUAAAUUCAUAAUACAACCAGAAUUUUAUUUUUUUAUUUUAUAAGAUUGUGGUGGUAUUAUUACGAAAAUCCUAAUGUUAUGUGAUUAAAGUUAUCACAUUUAUAACAACAACAUUGUAAUGUUAAUGAGACAAAACCGGUGAUAUUUCAAGAAAAACUGCGAUGUUACUAAUUUAAUUUAGACUAAUAUGAAAAACAAAACCUAUUGUUACAAGACUCAAGUGUUGAUAUUACAAAGAAAAUGUAAUGUUACAAGAUCAAGCGUUAAUAUUUAGAGAAAACCUCAUCAUUGUACAAAUGAGUAUGUAAUAACGAUAGAAAAAAUGUGUACUAUUGAGAGUAAAGUUGUAAUAAAAAAUAUAUAUAUAUUACAAGUCUAAACUGGUAAUAGUCCGAACUUGGGAGUGGGUGAAUAAAGUAGUAAGAGAAUAACGUUGACUAAUUUACGAGAAUCAAGUGGUAUUAUGUUCGGAAAAUAUGUCACAAUUGAAGGUUUUUAUGGUAGUGAUGUUGAGCCAAAAGUGGACCCAAAAUGCAAGGAAGCGGGAGAACGCAAAAAAUAUCAAUUUAUUUACAAAAAAAGCAAACGAGGUACUAGGCAGGAUCAAAAUACUAAAUAAAAUCAAGACUCAAAAGUCACAAAGAAAAAUCUCAUCACCACAGACUAUGGGCAACAUGACAAGCCAAAGGUAACGUGACGUACGACAACAAUGACCUGACACAUAGCCAGGGAACUAAAUGCAAACAAACUGACAAGACAACGAGGCACACCUGGACAUGACACGAGCUGAUUGGUUGACACAGGGAACAGGGCUGACGAGAACAGGUGGGGACGAAAACCUAACGAGCAGGCAAGACAUGAUCAGGGACACAGGCAAACAACAACAAAAACAAAACUAAAUGUAAUCAAAACAAUGCAAACGACAACAAAGACAAAAAAUUUCAUGUUACAAAACUAAAUUUGUAAUGUUACGAGAACAUGUUACGAAAGUAGGAAUAUUACCAAAAAUCCUGUUACGUGACCGAGUUGUAGUAUUCUGAGAAAAAUAUCUCAUAAGAGGGUUUUCUCAUUGCAGUUUAAUUCUGUAGUACUGUAAAAAUCAGAGCCUUUUACAAUUUCAACUUUAUUCUUACAAAGAAUGACUAUGACUUAACUCACAUGGGUAUCGUCGUAAAGUAUUGUUUUAUUUUCACUUUGGCCCUAAUACUUCCGUGUGUUGUAAGGAUUUAUGGAAUGUGACAACAUUGGUUUUGGGGGGGGGGGGGUUAUCUUUGAAUGCUUUUACAGUGUCGUGAAAAAGUAUUCGCUCCUUUUUCAAAUUCUUAUAUUUUUGCCUAGUUUCCCCACUUUGUUUAAGAUCAUCAAACAAAUGUAAAUAUCGGACAAAGAUAACCCAAAUGAACUUAAAAUGCUGUUUUUGAAUUGUGACUUAAGGAAAAAAAAAAACUAUUUCAAGUUACUUGGCCCUGUGUAAAAAGGUAAUGCGCCCCUAAAUGUAAUAAAUGUCUGGGCCAUCCUCAGCAGCAACAAGUGAAAUCAAGUGUUUUCUAAAACUGGCAAUGAGUCUUUCACAUCUCUGUGGAGAUAUUUUGACCCACUCUCCCUUGCAGAAUAGUUUUUUAAAUUUAGCAAAAAUGGAGGGUUUUCGAACAUGAACGGCCUUUUUCAGGACAUGCCACUGCAUUUCAAUGGGAUUCAACUGUGGAGUUUGACGAGGCCGCUCCAAAACCAUUUUGGUUUUUUUAAGCCAUUCAGAAGUUGACUUGCUGGUCUGUUUUAGAUCAUUAUCCUACUGCACAACCCAAAUGUGCUUCAGCUUGAGGUCACAAACUGAUGGCUGAACAUUCUCCUUCAGGAUUUUCUGUUAAAUUGCAGAAUUCAUGGUUCCAUCAAUCACAGCAAGUUGUCCAGGUCCUGAAGGAGCUAAACAGCCCAAGACCAUCACACUACCACAACCAUGUUUGACUGUUGGUAUGAUGCUCUUUUUCUGAAAUGCUGUGCUACAUUUACACCAGAUGUAACGAGACACACGCCUUCCAAAAAGCUCAACUUUCAUCUCAUCAGUCCAUAUUCUCCCAAAAGUCUUGGGAAUCAUUCAGACGUUUUUUUUUUUUUUUUUUGGAAAAGUAAGACUAGCCUUUACGUUCUUUUUGGUCAGCAUUUGUUUUCACCUUGGAAUUAUGCCAUGGAUGCCAUUUUUGCCCAGUCUCUUCCUUAUUGUUGUGUCAUGAACCCUGACCUUAACUGAGGCAAUUGUGGCCUGCAGUUCUUUAGAAGUUGUCCUGAGUUCCUUUGAGGUCUCCUGGAUGAGUCAUUGGCAUUCUCUUGGGGUAAUCUUUGUAGGUCGGCCACUCGUGGGAAGUUUCACCACUGUUACGUUUUUUUCUUGUGAGGAUAAUGGCUCUCCCUAUGGUUCGCGGAAUUCCAAAAGCUUUAGAAAUGUUUUUUGUAACCCUUUCCAGACUGAUAGAUGUCAAUUACUUUAUUUCUUGACUGUUCUGGAAUUUCUUUGGAUCGUGUCAUUUUGUUGCACCUUUUUUUUUUUUUUAGAUCUUUUGUCCAACUUGAUUUUGUCGGGACAGAUUCUGUUUAAGUGAUUUCUUGGUUGAAUAGGUCUGGAGGUAAUCAGGCUUGGGUGUGAUUAACCAAAAAAUUGUGAUUAGCCACAAUAAAUUCAUGAUUUAACAAGGGAGGUAAUUACUUUUGUUUUUACAAAGGGCCAGUAACUGAAUUGUUUUGUCCUUUUUAAAAAAAAAAGCACCAUUUAAAAAUAGAAUUUCAAGUUCACUUGGGUUAUAUUUGUCUGAUUUUUACAUUUAUUUCAUGAUCCUAAACAUUAAAGUGGGGAAACCAUACAAUAAUAUAAGAAUUUGAAAAGGGGGCCAAUACUUUUUCACAGCACUGUAACUGCUUGACAUGUACAGUACAACAGUAUCAGCUACAGUGGAUAUACUAUAUGCAAUUUAGACUGAUAGAAACCUGCCUUAGGAUCAUCAUAGGAAAUAUUUUUAUAGGUCUCUAUUUUUAUUUUAGCUCCACAUAUGACAGUCGUACUAUUUUUAUACUGUAAUAUAUGUGCCUUGGGUGAGUUCAAGAAACAAAUUGAAGUCAAGUUGGUGCAGCAGAUGGGUUCUCUGUGAUGCAUAGAAGGUUUGAAAUGACGAGAUGUCAUACAAUGAGUUGGAGGUGUGGAAAUAAUAAGAAAGAAUCGAGGUUGGUCUUUUUUGCUUAGGGCUCUCCCUACAGUUAUGAAGUGCAACGUACUUUUAAAGUAUUUGUAAAGUAAACACAAAAAUGUCUACAAAUUUGACACUACAACGGUGAGUGUUGUUACCAACAUUACCAACCAAAUUUGAAUGAUAGAUAAAUUAAAAAAAAUAAAUCACUGAGUAUAUAAAAUGAGGCUUCAAAAUCAUGAAUAUUAGGGCACGUUCGGAAAUUUCACUCCAAGCGCGUGCUCUGCACUCCAGAACGUUCGGGAACUCAAAAGAGCAUUGUUGGAGUGUGCCGUUCGGUUAUUCAGAGCGCCACACAUCGGGGAGUGCCGGACCGCUCUAACUGAGGAGACAGAGGGUCCGGAGCUUCAGCAAGGACGAGGCAGAACUGACACAUUCAAUAUGGCGGACGCACUGACGUAUCCCCGCCAAUGGCCAACACGCUCAUUCGUAAAAUCAUAGAAAAUGGAGCUGCCUUUCUGAGAGUGUAGUGAGAGCGUCAGAUUGAAUUUCCGAACGUACCCUGUGUGUCUCCAUUCUCAAACACUGUUGGUGUGUCCGCUUAAUGCGCCGAUACCACGCCUUGCCUAACUGUCUAUCACAUCUUUUUUAUGCCUACACAUCCCUACAUGUUUAAACUACGAAGAUUAAGCCGUUUAAAAACUCCAGUGGCUGGAAUAUAUCUCUCAGGGCUUUGCAUGCCAUGAGAGGCGCUAGCCAUCAGCAAGUUGGAAAGCUAACAGGCGUCCGACUCGCUUGGUUGUGUCAGUCCACAUUACAGACAGAAUUUAGGGUAAGUCAACCAUUUAAGAAACACAGCGGGACACACUCAUUAUUCAGCUUGUGCAUCACACUAUGACAGCGAUUUUAGGAUCUACUUCCUGCUAGUUAUAUACCAUUUCCAUUCAAAAAGAUUACGGUAGCCUGAAUAACACAAAAUACAUAACAGUUGGGAAUUUAACUAACAACACCAAGCUGUUUUGUAGGGAUCCAAAGAAGAUGCAUUUUCGGGUGUUAGCAUAGCUAGCUAGCGCUGCACGCUGGAGUGGUAGAAAUGGGCCAAGUGCAAAGGGCAGUCAAAAAGCAAUGAGGCCAAUUCAAUUUAACCUCCUUAUAACUGAAUUUAUUUUUUCAGACAUUUGCAUGGUUUGUAGUUUACCUUUAUUUUUUUAAAAGUGCAUUUUCAUCAAAUUAUCUUCAAACAUGUAUAAUGUAUUUAGAAACUAAUCGCUGAAUUCACUUUAUAGCGUCUUAAGACAGAAUUGGAAGAUUGUGAUAAUGAACAGUACACUAUGUCGUUAAACAAACGUCUUUUGAGCAAUCUUAACAACACUAAAUAUUGUUUGAACACUUGCAAACUGAGACUUGAAACUAGAAAAAAAGAUACAUAGAUAAAUCAUAUGCCUGUCCUGUAAAAGUAAAAACAGAGCAUGGAUGAAGAAAGGUUUAGUUUGUUCAGACCGAUGUCGCGAGUGUAGCAACAAUGUCUGUGCCUAUGUUUCCCAUUAUGCAAAGUUUCAGCACCCCGCAGAUCAGAUGAAACCUGCUUGAAAUGUGUUUAUUCCCAUUAUUUUUUAUUAUUAUUUUGUUUUAGGGGAGGGCAAACUUAAAAAACGGCCUGUGAGAGCGUUCCAUCCAGGCCACCAUGCAUUAAAACCUCUUAUAAAAAGCCCAUUUAUCCAACAAAUGCUGAUUAUGUAUGACAACAAACAUUUGUUUGCAUCACAUUUUUAGUCUAUACAUAUAUCUAGGAAAAGUGUUAAACACCCCUGCACUAUGUGAAGACACCAGCAGGCCUUUCAAACACACCGUGGUGCGCCACUGAUGCCUUUUUGACGUAACCGCAUUGUAGCGAUUAAACAGUUAAAAAUUCGGCCUGGUGACGAUGCAAACGGCACAUCAGGAGCAAACAGAAGCAGUGAAAAAAACUAAAAUAUCUUUUCUUUUGUCUUGAAUUUACAUUUAUACUUGACUUUUCUAUUAGUUUUUCAGUAUAUAUAUAUAUAUAUAGCCUAUAAAAAUGAGCGUAUAUACAGUAUGUGUAUUUUGCAAAACAAUGGAAUAUUUUAUAGCAACUUAACUCAAGUUAUAACAAAUAUUUUAUGAACGGAUGACUGAUUAUGUAUAUAUUUGAUGGCCGUCAUUUUUAAAGUGUUAUGCAAUAUCAAAGCCUUUUGUGUGCGCGCGUGUGUGUGUGUGUGCGCGUGUGUUUGUGUGUGUGAAGAAGGGCCUUCGCUGAUAAGUAAACCUCGCUGGGAGUUUUCUUUCCUCUUCUUGGACGUUUUACAAUAAUCUGCAGAAGUAUUUAUGGAUUAAAAAAAAACAACACACUUUUUGUAUAGAAUAUGCAAACAAAGUUACACUACGGAGAAAAUAUUGAUUUCUACAUAGAGUAUUAUUAAAAAAAAGAAAAGAAAAAGCUGGUACAUAAUUAAUUUUUCUCAAUUAUUAAUUCAUUGUGUUUUUAUUAUUAGUUAAAUAACCCACAUUAGUGUUACUAAUUAUGAGCUGAUAUAAAAAUAUGCAUAAUCGUUUUGCGGCUAAAAAGUAUGAUAUUGUGUUAACAUGCAGAAUAUCUCGUCGCCACUGUAUGAGCUUGUUAAAACUGUGAGACGCAGCUUGCCUCCAGGUGAUCUAUUAUGGGAUGUUCCAGUGUUAUCGCUAGCUGUUAGCUGACGACAAAGAACUAGUUGACAGUUUGCAUGUGCAUGUGUCCAAUGAAGUAUUAUGUUCGUGCAAUGUUAAACAUUAUUUAAAUCUUUUUGUUUGUUUGUUGCAGUAUUACAUUUACAGCUCUUUAAAUACUAUUUACGGAAUGUAUGUAGUGUGUAAACAACUAAAUGUGUGUAUCACUAGUUACACAAUUUUGCAACACUAAAAAAGAAAAACAAAGAAACAAGGACUCUUGGGAGGUUUUUCUGAAAAAAAAAAAAAAAAGACAUUCAUGGUUCAGAGAGUCGACCGACCGUGGGUCUGUUUUUCAUGUCCAUGAAAUGGCAUUCCAAAAUGUGCCUUAUUUGUUAUCUAGGAAAUAAUUUUUAGUGCUCUCGUGAUGUCUACUUUGAUGAAUAAAAGUCUGGCUGUAAGUGCCUUCUUUUUUGGC